UUUCUUGGUCUUUCCUUAAAGACUUGGUGAUCUGGAUAGUUUUAAUCCAACAUCCUCAAGUGUAACACAUGGUGAUCAGACACCACUUCCCUCAUCCUCACAUUCUGCUUCCACAUCUGAAGCAUCUCAUUUGCCAGGAUCAGAAGAAGCUUUAAUGAAAGUUCAGACAUCUGAGAAACUGGAAGAACGGAAGAACACUGUGCCUGAAAAGAAAAGCACUUUAAUGGAAAACCACUUGGAGACAGAGAAUACGACCUCUACACAAAGGAAUGUGAACAAGCAGGACCUCUCCUCCCGCCUAGGUAAUGAGAUGGCACACAGUAAUGCACAGCUAGCAAAGGGCAAGGCAACCAGAGGCAGAUCAACCAGCAGAGGAAGAUCAGCUAGUCCAAAAAAGUUAAGCAAUAGUACUUCCAAAGACCAACAUCAGGUACGAAGCAUCAGCCCUAGGAGGGGUGAACCUAAAAAACACCACAAGAGGUGCUUAGACCAACCAGAGAGUCCCAGAAAACACAUGAACAAGCACCCAGGAACAUCUGAGAAUGUAGUUAUUGGAAGAGGCCCUACCCGGGUAAAGAGAGGCAGAUCUGUCAGUCCCCAGAAACAUCCAAAGGGUGAGAGAAGCAGAAACCAGCUAAAUAUGGAAGAAGGGUUACCAGAACUUCAAAGCAGAACACCUGCUAGUGAUAAAACCUCAACUGUACCACCAAAAGAUGAAAAGGCUAUAUUGGGAGACUUGGGAGCCAUGAAGGAAAAUAAAAACCUAAAUAUAGCUACAAAGGAGGAGAAUUAUUCUUCAGACACUGCACAUGCCAAGUCAGUAAAGCAAUCUCUCUCACCUUCUAAGGCUAAUCAAUUUAGGAAGAAAAAGUUGGAAGAUGAAAAAAUAAAGCCAAGCUUUGAAGAGUCAAGCUCUAACCAGUCCCAAAUGGCAGGUCUUCCUGAUGAUUUAACACUUUCCGGGGAUAAAAACACUAGACUUGAAGCAGAAAAGCCUCUGAAUAAAUUCAGAGACAAUGACUUGGAGCCAGCUGACAAAACCAAAGAGGAUGGAAUUUCCAAAUCUGAGAUUAGAUCUCCAGUGAAGAAAACAAUAACUCCUGGACCUUGGAAAGUACCAAGUCCAAGUAGAGUCACAAAAGCAGCAAGUGUGACUGACAAACGGGUUUGA